GUGGCCGUGGCUGCCUGAUUAGAAGGUAUGUGAGAAGACGCACCAUGUGUCUGUGACUACAUAUAUAAGUAUACAUAUACUGAACGUGUGGUGCACUCGGAGAACAUGACCACGAUGCAGCGGAAGAAGAUCGAUAACCGCAUCCGGGUGCUGAUCGAGAAUGGGGUGGCCGAGAAACAUAGAAGCUUCUUUGUUAUUGUGGGAGAUCAGGGGAAAGAUCAGGUUGUCAUUCUCCAUCACAUGCUCUCCAAAUCGGCAGUGAAAGCCCGGCCCUCUGUCCUCUGGUGUUACAAGAAGGAAUUGGGCUUCAGCAGUAACCGCAAGAAAAAGAUGAGGAAGCUGCAGAAAAGACUCAAGAGCGGGACCCUGAACAUCAAGGAGGACGACCCCUUCGAGCUCUUCAUUGCUGCCACCAAUAUCCGGUAUUGUUACUACAACGAGACCCAUAAAAUCCUGGGGAACACCUACGGCAUGUGCGUCCUACAGGAUUUUGAGGCACUGACACCCAACCUGCUGGCCCGUACCAUCGAAACUGUAGAAGGAGGAGGAAUUGUUGUUCUUCUGCUUCGCACCAUGGCUUCCCUUAAACAGCUGUACACCAUGACUAUGGAUGUUCACUCUCGGUACAGAACAGAGGCCCAUCAAGAUGUGGUCGGUCGCUUCAAUGAAAGGUUCAUCUUGUCUCUGUCCUCCUGUAAGAACUGCAUGGUGAUCGACGACCAGCUGAAUAUUCUGCCCAUCUCCAGCCACAUCGCCAACAUCAAACCGCUGCCACCCAAGACCCAGGAUGCAGAACUGACUCCCGAGGAGCAGGAAUUGCAGGAAGUGAAGCUCAGUCUACAGGACACUCAACCCGUGGGGGUGCUGGUGGAGAACUGCAAAACUCUGGAUCAGGCCAAGGCAGUACUGAAAUUCAUUGAAGCCAUCUCCGAGAAGACUCUUCGCAGUACAGUUGCUCUCACUGCGGCUCGAGGUCGAGGAAAAUCGGCCGCUCUUGGUUUGGCAAUAGCUGGGGCUGUGGCGUUUGGGUAUUCUAACAUCUUUGUGACGUCUCCAAGUCCCGAUAACCUGCACACCCUGUUUGAAUUCAUAUUUAAAGGUUUUGACUCGCUGCAGUACCAGGAACACUUGGAUUAUGAAAUCAUCCAGUCCCUGAACCCAGAGUUUGAGAAAGCGGUCGUUCGUGUGAAUGUCUUCAAGGAGCACAGACAGACCAUACAGUAUAUCCACCCGGCGGAUGCCGUAAAAUUGGGGCAGGCAGAGCUGGUGGUGAUCGAUGAAGCUGCUGCGAUUCCUCUGCCUCUUGUCAAGAGUCUCAUGGGUCCCUACCUUGUGUUCAUGGCGUCCACCAUCAAUGGGUACGAAGGAACCGGCCGCUCUCUGUCCCUUAAGCUAAUACAGCAGCUCCGACAACAAAGUGCGGAGAGCCAGGUCUCCAUAACGGCUGAGAACAAAUCCUCCAGCACCCAGCGGCUGGCCUCAGCUCGGACUCUUCAUGAAGUGUCCCUGCAGGAAUCUAUACGUUACGCUCCCGGAGACCCGGUGGAGAAAUGGCUGAACGACCUGCUGUGUCUGGACUGUCUGAAUAUCAGCAGGAUGAUUUUUGGGUGUCCUCUGCCCGAGACAUGUGAGCUUUAUUACGUAAACCGCGACACUCUGUUCUGUUACCACAAAGCAUCGGAAUCGUUCCUGCAGAGAUUAAUGGCGCUUUAUGUUGCUUCUCAUUACAAGAAUUCCCCAAAUGACCUCCAGAUGUUGUCUGAUGCCCCAGCUCAUCAUAUGUUCUGCCUCCUUCCUCCUGUUCCUCCUACCCAGAAUGCCUUGCCUGAAGUGUUAGCUGUGAUCCAGAUCUGUCUAGAAGGAGAGAUUUCUCAACAGUCCAUUAUGAACAGUCUCUCCCGAGGGAAGAAGGCGUCUGGUGAUCUCAUUCCCUGGACGAUUUCAGAACAGUUUCAAGAUCCUGAUUUUGGAAGUCUAUCUGGAGGAAGAGUAGUGAGAAUUGCCGUCCACCCGGACUACCAAGGGAUGGGUUACGGGAGCCGAGCCUUGAAGUUGCUACAGAUGUAUUAUGAGGGACAGUUUCCUUGCCUGGAAGAAAAUGUGAACAAACCUCAAGAGAUCUCCUCCAUAAGCAGCGAGGCGGUCAGCCUUCUAGAAGAAUUUGUGAACCCCCGGAAGAACCUGCCGCCUCUACUGCUCCGGCUAAGCGAGAGACCUGCUGAGAAGCUGGAUUAUCUUGGGGUAUCCUAUGGGUUGACUCCCAAACUGUUAAAGUUCUGGAAGCGAGCUGGGUUUGUUCCUGUGUACCUACGACAGACACCGAACGACCUCACGGGGGAGCACUCCUGCAUUAUGCUGAAGUGCCUACAGGAGGAAGAGGAGUCCGGGCAAGAGCAAUGGCUGACUGCGUUUUGGAAAGAUUUUAGGAGACGUUUCCUGUCUCUCCUUUCUUAUCAGUUCAGUAAUUUCUCCCCCUCCGUGGCACUGAAUAUCCUACAGAAUAAAAACGUCAAGAAGGAAUCUGAAGGUUUUCUUACACGCUCGGAGCUAGAGGCCUCCUUUACCCCUUACGACCUGAAGCGCUUAGAGAUGUACUCGCAGAACAUGGUGGAUUAUCACCUCAUCAUGGAUCUCAUCCCUUCCGUUUCAAAAAUGUUCUUCUUGCAAAAAUUUGGAGGCCUGAACCUGUCCGCCGCUCAGUCUGCUUUGCUUCUUGGCAUUGGGCUGCAGCACAAGACGGUGGAUCAGCUGGAGAAGGAGAUAGAGCUCCCCGGUAGUCAGCUCAUGGGUCUUUUUAACCGUAUCAUACGGAAAGUAGUCCAGUCAUUCACUAGGAUCCAGGAGAAGGCGGUGGAGGAAGAGAUGGUGGCCACUAAGGAGGUUGUCAUGGAGCCCACCCUAAAAUCUCUGAAUGAAGAUUUGGAAGAGGCAGCGAAGGAGUUCCAGCAGAAACACCAGGAGGAAGUGCAGAAUCUAAAAGGAAUUAAUCUGUCCCAAUACGUCAUCCGAGGAGAUGAUGAGGAGUGGAAUGAAGUCCUGAAGAAGACCGGUCAGAAUGCGUCUGUUGUCAGCGUGAAGAGUGACAAGAAACGCAAAAUGGAGCAACCGGAGAAAGGAAGACUUAAAAAGAAACUAAAGAAAAAUAAAGACAGGAAGCAGAAAUUUGGGAAAUGAAAUCCUGAUGCUGUGAACUGUGCAGCUCCCUAGACCGUAUGGAGCGUCUUAUCUGCUGUACGGUAUAAUGUAAGUGUAAUACUGCAACGCCCCAGCAGUGUGUAUAUAUGAUGUGUGUAUGUGCAAUGUGUAAAAGGGGUCUUAAUAUGACGCACAGAGCCGUGAAACAGUCUAAUACGGACACAUGGAUUGGUUUUAUGUAUUACUAGAGCAGUGUUUCCCAACCAGGGUGCCUCCAGC